UCAAGUCAGUUACAAGAGGAAGACAAAUGAGCAACAUGAGCCUACUAAGGAUUCUAGUGCUUGUAGCAAUAGUUUUGCCGAUCCAAAAAUGUGAUGCAGCAGAAAUUACUGGAGGAAAAGAAGUGGUUCCUCACUCCAGGCCGUACAUGGCUCUAGUGAGAACAGCUGGGAAGGCAUUCUGUGGAGGAACACUGAUCAGACCCAUCUGGGUGUUAACAUCAGCCGAUUGUAUAGUAGAUAAGACGACUACUGUUGAUCUCGGAGUUCACUCUAUAAAGAAUACCAAAGACAGCCAAAGACAGCGUUUCACAGUUAUACAAGCAAUUCCACAUCCAAAAUUUAACAAAGAAAAACACAUGAAUAAUCUCCAGCUUUUAAAGCUGUCGGGUAAGGCAGAUUUAACGAAGACUGUGAAAACUGUCACGUUCCCUGAGAGAUUCACUGACGCUAAGCCCGGCAGUGUCUGUGAUAUAAUUGGAUGGGGGAGGACGGACAACAAAAAGCCUGGCACUUCAGAUAAGUUAAUGGAGGCCAGAGUGACUGUCCUGGACAGGAAGGUGUGUGCCGCACAGUGGAAGCCAACAGUGAGAAUCACUAAGGACAUGAUGUGCACCAGCGGGAAAGAAGCAGCUAGGGGCUUUUGUAAUGGUGAUGUUGGAGGGCCUCUAAUUUGUGGAGGAUUCCAAAAGGCCAUCAUUUCUUUUGGAUCAAUUCUGUGUGGAACUCCCAACGGAGCGGAUGUCUAUACCCGUCUCACUAAAGAAUAUGUAAAAUGGAUUAAAAAACAAAUAAAAUAACUAACAGAUAAUUCUGUCUUUUUUAUUGCCUAGCUUUCUU